AUGGCUGGCGCAAUGGAUGGUGGAGGAUGCAGAGGAGAGUGGCAGCUCGGGCUGAGGGUGGCUAAGCACAACGAGGAGCAGCGCUGCCGACGUGGAUUCUGCGGGGGAUUGAAUGGAGCAUACGAAGAGGCUACCGGGGUAUCAUCGCUGGUAAGAAAGCACGGAGAAAGACGGACGCUGGAUCGACCAAGAACAAACGAGGAGAAACGGGGAGGAGAUGAAGAUGCUGCGGCGGAUUGUCCAUUACCUAGCCAGCUGGAGAGUCCGUCAAGGCGCAUGCCAUCAGAUAAGCUGAGCUUCUAA